AUGUCCACCCUGCUGGUCACAGUCGGUUCGACCCUCUUCCCUUCCCUGACCGACACUUUCCUCUCACCUUCGAUCCUCGCCUUACUCGAAUUGCAUCGAAUCAAACGACUGAUCAUCCAAUAUGGACGAGCGACCAUACCGUCAGACCACGGACUGCAUAUACAUCUAGAUGGUACUGGAAAGGGCUCGGUGAAUGUUGGAGGGAUGAAAGUGGAGUUGAUCAGGUUUACAGAUGAUUUUGAGGGGUUGGUCAGGGGGAGUGAUUGGGUGGUAUCGCAUGCUGGCUCAGGGUCCAUCCUCACCACUCUCCGACUGAACCCACCGAAACCACUACUGGUUGUCCCCAACGAAUCGCUGAUGGAUAACCAUCAAGCGGAGCUCGCAGAUGAGAUGGGCGAAAAGGGUUAUCUGAUGGUAUCGAAAGUUGAAGAUCUCGAACAUACUUUGCCGAAAUUCCUUUCGAUCGAUAAACAUAAUAUCAGACCUUUUCCACAGAUGGAUCAAGAUAGGUUUAAGAAUGUGUUAGAUGAGAUGAUGGGGUAUUGA